AUGCCAGUGAGCCUGCAGGAAAUGGACAAGAGGCUGAAGUACCCGCUGCAGGUCAAAUACUACGUGUGGAGACCCAAUGCUCCAAGCAGAAAGGACCCCACGUUCAGGGAAUGGCACCAAGUCAACAGGAAGGGCAACAUCAGCGGUGGCACCGACCUCUCUGAUCACAUGGGCUCUGGGCCUAAGGGCACAGGCCUUCACCGCUACGUCUGGCUGGUUGACGAGCAGCCCAAGCCACUGAAGUGUGACAAGCCCGUUCUCAGCAACCGAUCUGGAGACAACCGUGGCAAAUUCAAGGUGGCAUCUUUUUGCAAAAAGCACAAGCUCAGGCCCCCAGUGGGCAGCACGUACCAAGCAGAAUGGGAUGACUAUGUGCCCAAGCUCUAUGAGCAGCUGGCUGGGAAGUAG